AUGCUCGAAAAAGGGCAGGCGGCGUCGGUGGAAGGAGACCAACGCAGCCCCAAGGCACCAUCUAAGCUCGACAUACCACCUCGACGAGAAGACACGACCAUUCUGCUGUCGGGUGACGACAUGCAAAAACUUCCCAAGUGCCAUUUUGCUAAGAUGCGAGACCUUGGUCGGCGACUGCCGUUCCGCAGCCGAAGUGUGUCAAUUGCUGCCGUGCGGCCAUCGGAGAAGACGGCGGCAGCCCUUGCAGGCGAGUCAGCCGAGUACAGGGGGCAGCCCGGCCGACGCUCGGCCCCCCCUGCAGCUCGCGUGCGCCACGCCGCAGCCGCCUGCGUGGUAGGGGGCGUCGCUUGUGGGGGUCGCCUGCAGACGGCGCAGCCUGCCCUGGCCGCCCUCUGCCCUGGACGCGGUACAGUGUGUCCGUCAAGUCGUGCGCCCUCUCUGCUCCACAGUGCUGUCCCGGUGACCCAGUCUGGCCACACAGCCUGGCGGCGCUCACUCCCAGCUCAGCGACUGCCCUGUCCAGAAAAACACGGCAUUGCGGAGAGCCUCUCUCAACAGGAGAGAGGGAGGAGGCUGAUAGAGGCGGCCAGGCAGGGCGCGGUGGAGCAGCUGCGCGAGCUGCUGGUGGCGGGGGCGGACAUGGGGGCGAGGGAGGAGUGUGGGAGCGGCCGGACCGCCCUGCACUGGGCAGCAGACGGGGGUCACGUGGCGGCGGCCAGCUGCCUCAUCGGCGCCGGCGCGGAGGUCGACGCCAGGACCAGCCAGGAGCGGAGGACGCCCCUGCACUGGGCUGCACAGAGUGGCCACGCUGGUGUGGUGCGGCUGCUGGUCGGCGCCUCUGCUGACCCCAACGCCAGGGAUUGGCGGGGGCGGACGCCGCUGCACAGGGCCGCACAGUGGGGCCACGCAGUGGCGGCGACUGAGCUGCUCCUGGCGGGGGCGGACAGGGGGGCCAGGGAUGGGGGUGGCAGGACCCCCCUGGACCUCGCCAGGCAGAACGACGAGCAGGAACUGGUGGAUAUGCUGACACAACGCUGA